AUGUCCGGUAAAAGGAAGGUAUUAGUUGCAGUGGAUGGCAGCAAGAACUCUGAGUAUGCUUUAAAGUGUAAGUGUGUUGAUUUUUGACUCGCUAGUUUGCGUGCGCUCUGAAGGGAAUGGGGGCGUGAAUCCGCGAAAGGUACGUUCGAUGCACUGGACAGUCGCUAAGUGAAUUCAGCAAAUCAAAUGACUUAAAUCUUAAAGUUUGCAGAUCACAACCUAUUCUGUCAGUGGGAUUUAUUAAUAUUCUUGAGAUAACUGCUCGCUGUAUUGCAAUUUUAACAAAGUCUUGCGCUUGUUAAGCGAAGGACUUUGCAAAGGAGUGGGUAAAUGUUCCCAGUAACAAAUGUUGAUUGCAAUAUUCGGAAAAUCGACUGUUACGAAUUUGUUUGCGUGAUACAUACACAAGAAAAUGACAAAAAUGUAACGUAUUGUCAGGUAAAUAUAAAAAAUGUUGUCGUAAAUCAAAUCUUUAGCAAUACCACACAGAUGCACUUUGUUCGCAAGGAAAGUUCCUAAAUUAUUGAAAAGAUUCAAGUGUGUAUAUUGAUGUUGGAAUAUUAAUGAUGCUUGGUUACUGUGAUAAUUUGGUAGUUUACAUUUAAUGACUUUAAUCAGUACACAAGUACAGUAGCAGUGCAGGCUUGAUGAAUUAAUCGUCAAGGCUGUAAGGGGAAAUUAUUCAAUUUUCUCAAUCAGUUUAUCAUACAUCCCUCCCAAAGUAGAAAGGCAUGAUCACCCUGUGACUGACAAGGUGAUCUAAAGUUAAUAAUUGUCAAAAAUUUAUGGGAAUGAUCGCUCCUUCCAUUACAAGAUGCAGGCAGACUUCUCUACCCAUAUGCACAAAUUUAUUAAAUUUAUUUCAGUCCGUUUAAAACACUACAUUUUUUGAAAAAUAUGAUUUCUGUCUCCUGCAAGUCCAUGUGCAUUUGGGCUAAUAUGACUGUAACUAUAGAAUAGGCUUUUUAAUUGCAUUUUUUGGGACAUUUUCAUGACUGUUUGGCAUGCGACCAUUAUAGGUGCAAAGGUAAUAGCAAAAAAAUGUAAUUUCAGUCAAAAUAUUCAUUGAAUUAAGUGAGUUUCAGGAUAUAAGUUGGUUAUGUAUUUGUAGUUAAACCACUUAUUUAUCACACCAUCUCUUUGGGUGCUAGAUGCACUGGCGUUCUACAGCCUCCAGCACACUCAUAUUUGAAUGUAAUCCUCUAAGUUUUCAAAGAUCAGGAAUCAGGGAUCAAGGGUUAAGGGUCAAGUUUCAAGGGACUGAUAACUCACAUUUGAGCAGUGCUGUUUGUCUCAUAUAACUCUUGUUUGCCUGAUUCAAGAAGACCAGAAUACUCUGUGUCAGGAAAAUCAAUGCUAAUUUGCUGUGACCAUUAUAGGGUGUAUGCACCAUAAACUUUUCAUGCAGGCUUAAAAUGUGCAAACUAAAAAGAAAAAUUAAAACUGCUUGCAUUUUGAUUAGUCGGUAUAUCUUACAGGGUACUUGGAAAAAGCCUCCCAGCCUGAGGAUGAGUUGAUUGGUUAUCAUGUUUGGCAGCAGAAACAUCUUCCCACCUUUAGCUUAAAAGGUAAGUAAAGUUGGAGAAUAAAUGUUAUUAAUUGAAUGAAGCAACCCAUUUUUUUUUUUAUUUUGUACAUUAUGCAGACAAACAUGAUGAAAUUAUAUACAGCACGUACAUACAUGAUAAAUCCUGCAAGUUACUAGCUAACUUCUUGCAGUAUUACUGCAGAGUCAUUCAUGGAGAUCAUGAGAAUAAAGAAACAAUUACUUAAUCUUAAAGAGGCUUUGAUUACCAAAUGAUCUCUCCUUGUUACUACAAGAUGAUACUCUAAGAGACAUUAGCCAAACUCCAGGCUUAUUAAAAACAACUUUAAUUUCUUUAAUCUACAUCACUUUUACAGCACCUUUUCAGCUUCCUGCUGAGGAGUGGAAAAAAAUCAUGGAGGAAACAAUGAAGGAAGUGGAAAAAGUUGAGAAUGACUUCACAACAAAAUGUGGUUCAGUAAAGGUCUGUCUUUAUUUUCAAACUAAAUGUCUUCCAGAUGAUCAACUGUAAUUAUUUCUUACCUCUUAAGUUUCAGUUAACUUCUCAGACAAAUCAUCUAGAGAACUUGAUGUUAAUAUGACAUUAUUUAAAUAUCAUGAAUUAGUUAAAAUUUAUUAGAAGAUUUGAAAUCUGAACUUUCUUUAUAUCGGAGGGAAACAAAGUGUUUUCCAUUUGUAUCAAAAUUACUGUGAAAUAUAGAAAUAAAUGUAUAUCUGCUUGGAUUUGCAAACACAUGCCUGACAUGUUGCAAGAUUGACAAUCACUGGGUUAUUCCCUGCUACAGCUCAGGUAGUGGGUGAACGCUGUGUGGUUGGAGGGUGGUAGAGAGUCCAAAUAGCUGGCUUAGGAGGGGUUGCAAACACCCAUUGGCUAGGUUUUUAGUUGGAAAAGAUUAAUGUUAAGGCCAGCACUGGAUGUAGCCUUGAACCAGUUUAUUAGAAGGUGGGUCACUGGCAGCUCUGUGCCCAAAGCUCAGGGGAGGAGAGGGUAGGUUUUGGACUUCUCAACCUAUUGUAGUUUGCCCAUUGGUUGGAAGAGUUUUGUUAAGUUAUUUUGACAAUGCACUGUUUUGCCUGUCUGGCCAUAAGGCUUGUGCCCUGCCACACUGCCCAAUCAAUGGGCUAAGACUCAAUAACUGGGGGUUGGUUGAGAGUCAAAAAUGUCAUAUUUGGACCUAACUAAAUUGAUAUUGCAAAGGCCUACCAACUAGGUUUUACCUGCCCACCUAUAAGCUAGCAUGGCCAGCAAAAAUGUGGGGGCUCAAGAUCAAGGAUAGCACCUGCAAGUAGCCUGCAAACUGGCCUAUUGGAGGGUGGGUGGCUAACAAUUAGGUAAAGAAUUUUCAGUUUCCAAAGGAGGGAGCUUGGGAAGGGACUUUGAGCUUGCUGUGCUCUUGGUUAUGUUUUGGUGAAUCUGCUCAGAUAUAUAUCUAUACAUAUGCCAAUAAGUUUAAUCAGUAUGACACUGAUGUUUUUACCUGUUUUCAAACUAAUUCAGACCCUUGACUCAGAAAAUUAAAGAAAAAAUGCUCAGGGUGCUAAAUCAGUAUAUAUUUAUGUAGUGACAACUAUAUCUAAUCAUAAUGUACUGCAUUCUUUUGACAUUUCCAGCAUCGCAAGUUUGAGAGUGAGAGCAGUAACAAUCCCGGACAAGCAAUUGUUGAUUAUGCAGCAUCUAAAAAUGUGGAUUUCAUCAUUAUGGGCACCAGGGGUCUCAGUCCCCUGCGUCGCACUGUCUUGGGUAGUGUUAGUGACUAUGUUCUGCAUCAUACCCAUAUCCCUGUUGCUGUGGUGCCAGUUAAAGAAGAAUCAACUUAG